AUGGCGGCCGAAAAUUCGCAAGCGCAGUCCCUGACCCGCAACGUCCAGCACGUCGUCCUCGGCAAUCUGCGCUUUCAAACGUGGUACCAAUCUAUUUACCCCGAAGAUCUCGUCAGCAAAGACACAGAUACCCUCUACGUCUGCCGAUGGUGUUUCCGAUACUCCUGUGACAUUCAAACGCACGCCAGUCAUACGCGACUCUGCCCGCACCGUACCACGCCCCCAGGGACAAAAGUCUACGACCACGCAGGCUACUCCGUUUGGGAGGUGGACGGCGCAGACCACAAACUCUUUGGCCAAAACCUCUCACUUUUCGCCAAGCUCUUCCUCGACCACAAAUCCGUCUUUUUCGACGUUGUAUCCUUCCUCUAUUAUAUACUCGUUUUUACCAACCCGAACAGUGCCGGCAAUGACCCGAACGAGACUUACCACAUCCUCGGCUUCUUCUCCAAAGAGAAGCUUUCGUGGGACGCGAAUAACCUUGCAUGUAUCCUUGUCUUCCCGCCAUACCAACAUAAGCAGCUAGGAAAACUGUUGAUGGGUAUCAGCUAUAAGAUUAGCGGCUGGGAGCGAGAUAGCAGCCUAAUCGGAGGUCCGGAGAAGCCGCUCAGUGAAAUGGGGAGCAGGAGUUACAGUCGGUUCUGGGAGGAACGGAUAGCCAGGCAUCUCCUUUUGCAUCCGUCCUCAGAUGGCAGCCAGGCCGGAGCGGGAGCGACAGCGGCGCAAUUAGAAGAGCCGAAGGCGCAAAAGCCGACCUCCAAUAAGGGCCGAAGGAAACACUCCUACAAACUCAUGACAGUUCAGGAGAUCAGCCGGGCUACAGGCAUGUUAACGGAGGACGUUAUAACCGCACUCCGAGGCUUUGGCGUCGUCGAGCCUGCAACGCCCUCAAAAACACGCAAGGGAACGCAGUCAGACCCUAAUGAGAGCAAGGCAAAUCCAGUGGUUAUUCGGCGGUCUAAAGUUCUGGAAUGGACCAAAACCCAUAAUGUUAGUAUACGGGAUCCCGUUAGGGAAGAAGGCUUCUUACUGAGUCAGUCGGAGCCUGCUACAGACCGGGAAUUGGAGAUUCCAGGUAGUGAUGACGAGUAACGCAUUUC